GAUUUUCGGAUAAAAGUUCGAAUGAUCCAGAUAAUUUUAAAUAUUUAGGAUAUAGACUAUUCAGAUAAUUCAUUAUUUUGGAUAAAUGCAACUCUUAGUUCUAUUCCGGUUCAGUUCCGAUUUUUUAUUUCUAAAGAUAUAGAAUCUGUUAGUUUAGAUAAUUGAUAGAACUUCUAACCUAAAUCAAAUCCCGUUUUUUUUAUUCGGUUAGGUUCGGUUCAAUUUUUGUGUUCGGGAUAAAUGUGCCACCCCUUAUUCGCUUUAUGGUUUGCAAAGCGUUUGUCGUCGCCACCUGAAUAGCUACGUUUACCACGUGAAUACUUCAGUUCCAUAUAUCCAAAAGCCCACUAAAAAUAACAUGGCCCACGAGAAAAAAAAAACGAAGCAUUCAUAACCGUCCAUCAUAUGAAAAAGACUUGCACUAUCCAACCUUCACACGCUUGCACGUGUUAAACAUUCUCCAUUCGCAUCCCCACACGUACUUAUAUUCCAUUCCACACGUGUACAACAUUCUCUUCCUCUCUGUUAUUUCAUCUUCACAAAGGCGAUCCCUUUCGAUCUUUCCUCUCCGAUUCGCUUUAGAUUCUGUAUCAUCUCUCUCGAUCUCAUCCACUUCCGUGUAGAAUCUCACAUUCUCCGGAUCCUUAACUCUCAACCCUCGAAGAUAGGUUUUGACUCAAAUGUUAACCUAAACUCUGUUCCCUCCGAAACAGAGCAACACUCACAAAGAUGUCAGAUUCAACCCAAGAGAAGAGAUACAGAGUCGGAUACGCUCUCGCAGCCAAGAAAGAACACAGCUUCAUCCAGCCUUCGUUGAUCGAGCACUCGAGGCAAAGAGGCAUUGAUCUAAUCAAGCUCGAUCCAACAAAGCCCUUGCUGGAACAGGGGAAGCUCGAUUGCGUGAUCCACAAGCUUUACGAUCUUGACUGGAAACAGAACCUCCACGAGUUUCGCGAGAAGUGCCCUAACGUCCCUGUCGUCGACUCUCCUGAGGAUAUCGAGAAAUUACACAACAGGGUCUCGAUGCUCGAGGUGAUCACUCAGUUAAACUUUCCCGUUUCGGAAAGUGAGCGUUUUGGCGUCCCGAAGCAGGUCGUUGUGAUGGAUCCAAGCGUUUUGAGUGGAGGUGGAGCUUUGGGGGAGCUUGAGUUUCCGGUGAUCGCUAAGCCCUUGGACGCAGACGGGAGCGCGACGUCUCACAAGAUGUUCUUGAUCUACGAUCAAGAAGGGAUGAAGAUACUUAAAGCACCGAUUGUGUUGCAGGAGUUUGUGAAUCACGGUGGCGUGAUCUUCAAGGUCUAUGUUGUUGGAGGUUACGUGAAGUGCGUAAAGAGAAGAUCUUUACCUGAUAUCUCCGAGGAGAAGAUCGGGACGUCUAAAGGGUCUUUGCCCUUUUCGCAGAUAUCGAACUUGACUGCUACUCAGGAGGAGAAGAACAAGGAGUAUGGUGAGGAUAGGAGCUUGGAGAAAGUGGAGAUGCCUCCUUCGAGGUUCUUGGAGGAGUUGGCGAAGGCGAUGAGGAGAUCGAUGGGUUUGAAUCUGUUCAACUUUGAUGUGAUUAGGGAUGCGAGAGAUGGUGAUAGGUAUCUGAUAAUUGAUAUUAACUACUUUCCUGGUUAUGCUAAGAUGCCGUGUUAUGAGCCUGUGUUGACGGACUUCUUCUGGGACAUGGUCACAAAGAAGAGUCAUCAUGUCUGAGAACUAUCUGCCAAGUUGUUAGCGGGAACAUUCCUUAGGGAGGGUUUCUACCAUUGCAGACUAUCUCAAUCUGCCGUCCUAAUUUUCAUUUGGAUUAUUGAACUUCUGCUUCUUUUUUUUUUUUUUGGUUUUUGUUUCUUAGGUGUUUUUCUCUUGUUUACUUCCAAGUUUUGGAAAGCCUUGUUCAUUGUUCAGAUGCAUAACUGUUGCUACUAUUGAGAAAUGAGAAUCAUUGGAUUUCUAAGUU